AUGGCGCAAAUGGAGCAGCGAGGAUCAACGAACAUGACCAAGGCGCUGGAAGCUCUUUCGCCGUGGCUCGAAAACCCACGGAGCAUUGUCAAUCAAGUGGAGGCGCUCGUCCUCGCCGCGGCUGUGCUCCUGCUCUUCCAGCUCAUCCUCUGUUCCUGCAGGCGGCAGUCGAGCAACGCUUUUAUCCAGGCCGGCGCGUGGGUGUCCUACACCAUGUCGUUCCCUUUGGUCACCUACACAUUGGGCAUGAUGCAGACUUCCCCGGUGAAGAAUGUCCUGUAUCCUGUCUGGGCUGUCUCUUUGUUCCUGGUUGCUGGAUGCACCAACGCCGUCACGUCCUAUGAUCUUGACGACAACAAGCAGUGGAAGAAGCAUCUCUUCGAGGUCUUUCAGUAUGCCCUCUACUCAGCAAUUAACAUCAAGCUGCUUUUCCCUUACAGCACUGCAGAAGUAUUUAAUCUCAAGGCCAAAUAUUUCAAGUCUAUGUCCAUCACCCCUGUUAUCGUGAUCCUCAACUUGAUUGUGCUGCUCACAAAUUUUGUCAAAGUUAUCUCGUGUUGGAGGGUAGGCGUUGACUUCUCCAGCAAACGAGUUGCUGAGUUCAUGAGGAAGCAGGCCAGGGAGGACCGUCCUAGUGUGUUCAACCCUGUCGCCAUGGAAGGCUACAGGUACCCUAUUCGAUGUGGUAGACACAAAUCGAUCACCAUCGACGAGGUUUGGAAAUUGGACAGCACGCUUUUCAGGUCAGGUGCUUCCACCAAGCUGAAAGAUUCUUGCCUAUCAUAUGCCCUGUUUAAGCUCUUGAGGCGGCAGUACCAUGGGAUGGAGUGUGCUGAAGCCGGCCUUCCCGAAACCCGUGAUUUUGUCUUGAAGGGUUUGCUGUUGACAGAAGACGACCAUCAGAUUGAAAGGGCGUUCAGGAUUGUGGAGGUAGAACUUGGUUUCUAUCAUGACUACCUCUUCACCAAAUACAUUAUCAUCCGUAAGCGGGAGAAACUGUUCUUCGCAAUGUUGCUUGUGAGGAUACUUCUUAUAUCUAUUGUUUUACACUAUGUCACCCGGAAUUCAUUGGCUGUCAUGACAGCAGCUGCUAUAAUUGAGGUGCAGACCAAGACUGUUGAUACUAUCAUUACUGUACUUGUUCUCACCAUUAUUCUCAUGGUUGAAGUUCUGCAAGCCGCAUUUUACCUGGCAUCAGACUGGGCCAAAGUGACACUUACCAAAAGAUAUUUAAGUAACCAGUGUUACCGGGGCAAUGCUUGUUUGGAGAAGAUUAUUGUUUUCAUCAGCAAGGUCACCAUGUUCAGAUAUUGGGCAAAUCAAAUUGGACAAAGUUCAGUGAUUUCAGACAACAAAUAUUUUGACAGACACCUGCAGUAUGUCAUAGAAAGCCCUCCACACUCACUUGCGAUGUUGUUCAGCAGCUUCAGUCUUGGCAAAAGGACAACCCGUGUGAGCAUAUGCAGCCCCGUCAAGAGAGCCAUAUCUAGGUCCAUUAAAAUGAGUAAAGAUCCUCUAACAAACGGCAAGUCAUCACUAGACCACAAUGGAGUGCUGCGAGGAUUCUCCUGGGCACUGAAUGGACAAACUCAGACAGAGAUCAUGCUAAUUUGGCACAUUGCGACCGAGUACUGCAACAUUGCUCAGCCUAAUACCACGGAAACAGGUGAGGUGCAAGACAUGAAGUGCCACCGUGAAGUUGCAGUCAGGUUAUCAAGAUACUGCGCAUACUUGAUAGAUUCUGCCCCAGAACUGCUUUCAGACUACAUGGAUACUGAGAUUCCCAUAGCUAAGAUGAUGCAAGAUAUGCGCAAAGUUAUGGGAAAAUGUACAUCCAUUCAUGCGAAAUUUGAGGUCAUGAAGCAUUUAGAAGAGUGUGAGGGGGAGGAGGAGGAGGAGGAGGAUACCAUGUUCCGACGAGGCGUCAAGCUGGGGAAGCAGCUUGACUGCUUGGAUGCUGCUCUGCAAUGGAAGGUGCUGGAGGAAUUCUGGGCAGAGACCAUCGUCUACAUUGCACCUUCAGAUAAUGUCAAUGGGCACUUGGAACGCCUUGCAAAAGGCGGGGAGUUCCUAACCCACAUCUGGGCCCUGCUAUCUCAUGCUGGCAUCCGGGCGAUAAACAGGGUGCAAGAUAAGCACACCAUGCCCAGCCAUCCGUCCGAAGAAAAUGUGUGA